AUGCUCGACGCCAAGGCCAUAUACCCAGCGACCCCGAGCUAUGCCAGCUUUCCAAGUCGCAGAAGCGUCGUCCACAGCACAAAUGGCAUCGUAGCCUGCACCCAGCCUUUGGCUGCGGCGGCGGGCCAGCGAAUUCUGAGCGAGGGGGGUAAUGCCGCAGAUGCUGCGGUGGCAGUCGCCGCGGCCAUCAAUGUCACAGAACCCAGUUCAACGGGUAUCGGAGGAGACAUGUUCUGUCUCUUCUACAACGCCAAAACCAAGAAGAUCAGCGCUAUGAACGGCUCUGGUCGCUAUUCUGGAAGUGCUUCCUUGGCAGACGUACGAAAAGAUCUAGGGCUGUCGCCUGGCGUUGAUGGUAGCGUUCCUUUCCGAAGUGCUGCCGCCGUGACAACUCCGGGGGCUGCGGCAGGCUGGGUAGACACGGUUGAAAGAUUCGGCAGCGGAAAAUUGUCCCUACAGCAGGUCCUGACACCGGCCAUCGAGCUUGCAGAGAAGGGUUUCCCUGUGUCUGAAAUAGCAUCGAUUUAUUGGCAAGAGGGCGAACAAUUGAUCCGCAAUGCAUCUGCAAACUUCAAGGAAAUGCUUAAGCACGACCCUUCUUCAGAUGAUGGAGUGAGGGCGCCUCGUCCCGGGGAGAUCAUGAAAAAUCCCGCCAUGGGCCGGACAUUCAGAACAUUGGCUGCCGAAGGGAAGAAAGGUUUCUACGAGGGCCGUAUUGCGCAAGAAGUCGUGAAAGUAGUCAAAGAAAAUGGAGGAUAUCUUACCUUGGAGGACCUGAAAAACCAUGCAGAUCAUGGCAGCCAAGAUGUGGAUGCCAUUUCUCUCAUUUUUAAAGGGCAGGGCGUAGGCGAGAAGCAGAACACCAUUGACGAGGGCGGCGUUGAGGUGUGGGAGCAUCCUCCAAACGGCCAGGGAAUCGUAGCAUUGAUGGCCCUGGGUAUCCUUGAGGAGCUGGAGCGUUUAGGGAAAAUCCCUCGCUUCUCUCGCGAACAGCACAACUCGCCCGAAUAUCUCCACGCUGUGAUUGAAUGUUUGCGAAUCGCCUUUGCAGAUGCCAGGUGGUGGGUAACUGAUCCUGAUGUCGAGAAAGUCCCCACGCAGGAAUUGAUCUCUCGUGCCUAUCUGGCUGAACGGGCAAAAUUAUUUGAUCCAACCAAAGCCUGCGAGAUACUGGACCACGGUAGCCCUGCUCACAACCACUGUGACACGGUUUACUUUGCUGUUACCGACAAAGACGGCAACGGGAUUUCCUUCAUCAAUAGUAACUACGCCGGCUUUGGCACCGGCAUUAUUCCAGCCGGCUGUGGCUUUACCUUGCAGAAUCGAGGCGCGAACUUUUCACUACAAGAAGGACACCCCAAUGCCCUGGCUCCAAAUAAGCGCCCUUACCACACAAUCAUUCCCGCCAUGAUUACCAACCUGGAUGGAUCGCUUCACUCAGUCUACGGGGUUAUGGGUGGCUUCAUGCAACCGCAGGGCCAUGUCCAAGUGCUUCUGAACAUGUUAGGCUUUGGCUAUGAUCCUCAGGCAGCAUUGGAUUCCCCACGCAUUUGCAUAGGUGCGGGGACACCUGAUCCCGGCGAAAAAGCAAUCAACACUGUUUAUGUCGAGGAUGGCAUUACCGAGGAAACUGUGGAAGGACUUCGCAAACUUGGGCAUGAUAUCACCGUACUGAAGGAUUUCAAGCGGGAUAUGUUUGGCCGAGGCCAAUUGAUACGAGUUAAUUAUGACGACGGACAGUUGGUCUAUAGUGCCGGAAGCGACCCAAGAGGCGACGGCCAAGCUAUUCCAUUGCUGUAG